AAAAACCUGAUUGACCGUUACACAGUACCGUACCUUUUUUUUUAGCAAGAAACCAUGUCGAAAGGAAUUCGAUUUAUUGAAAUUGGUGCCAAUUUGACGGAUCCUAUUUUUAAUGGAGUUUAUCGUGGUGUUCAAGCUCAUACUGGUGAUUUUAAGGAAAUGCUACAACGAACUAGAAAUGCUGGUGUAGAAAAAAUCAUAGUAACUGCUGGAACAGUAAAGGAGGCUGAAGAGGCCAUUAAAUUAGUUAAUACUUAUGAAAAUCUGUUUAUGACUGUUGGUUGUCAUCCAACGCGUUGUAAAGAAUUUGAAAAAGAUCCUGAAGGACCAGAUGGAUAUUAUCAAAAACUCUUAAAUAUUGCAAAAUCUAGUGACAAAGUUGUAGCAAUUGGAGAAUGUGGACUUGACUAUGAUCGACUUUAUUUUUGUCCAAAAGCAACACAGUUGAAAUAUUUUGAACGUCAAUUUGAUUUGGCCGAAGAAACUGGACUUCCAAUGUUUCUUCAUAAUCGUAAUACUGGAAAUGAUUUUAUGGAUUUGAUUCAAAAGCAUAGACAUAGAUUCAAAAAUGGAAUUAUGCAUUCAAUUACUUGCACAAUGGAGGAAAUGGAACGUGCUGUUUCUUUAGAUUUGUAUCUUGGAAUUAAUGGAUGUUCAUUGAAAACACAUGAAAAUCUUGAAGUGGCGAAAAAAGUCCCAAUAGAAAAGUUAAUGUUAGAAACUGAUGCGCCAUGGUGUGAUAUUAGACCCACGCAUGCUUCGUAUAAACAUUUAAAUUUAUCGAAAGAAGAAGAGUUGUUAUAUAAACCUCCAACACGUAAGAAGGAAAAAUUCGAAUUGGGAUUUAUGGUUAAAGGACGUAAUGAACCUUGUUGUAUCGGGCAAGUGUUACAUGUAUUAGCUUCAAUUCGUGAUGAGAAUCCCGAAGAAUUAGCUGAAACGAUAUAUAAAAAUACAUGUGAAGGUUUUAAUUUAAAACAUGAGUAGAAUUUGAAAUAUAGUGUGUAGUAGAUUUGAUAUAAUAAAUAUUUAUAAUGUAAAAUUGCAACUGUGUAGUGGUAAAUUCAGAUUUGAUAUAAAUACAAUUGCAAUUGUGUAGUGCUAAAUUCAGGUUUGAUAAUUAAAAAUAAAUAUCUUAUAAUUGCAACUGCGUAGUGCUAAAUUCAGAUUUGAUAUAAUUAAAACAAAUAUUUAUAAUUAUAAAUACUGUAUCUAAUGCCGAAUGUAAAAAAUGGUAAUUGAUAAGAUUACAAUAGGAUUUACUUAUUAUAAAAUUUAUAUAUUUAAUAUAUAUUCAAUUAAAAUUACUUAAUAAAAAAUUACUUUA